AUGUCCUCUAGUCGAUUCGAAGAUCUUAAUUGCUCAUCAUCAUUAACGCUACCUAUCAUAUUAGGACCGUUACUGAGUUUAUUGCUGGAUUUGGAUUUGGGAAUCGGGUAUUGUUUGGCACGUAUGUGGGCAGAUGUGAUUGGAAAGUUGUCAGUUGGAAAGAAGUUGAACAAGCAAUUGGAUCAAUCCGAUAAAUCGGCAAUGGGAUCUGAAAUAUUGGGACCAGAGAUUCAAGCACAAUCUGCCACAUCUCAGAUGAAUGAACCGUCGAAGGCGAUACCAGAUUUGAAUGCAACACCACAAAUGUGA